AACAAUAACAUACUACAGUUUUCAGUCAAAAAUAACAUACUAGUAUAGUUUAAAAACUAAAGACAAAGUGAGCAAAACAAUGUCCGGAGAUAGAUAUGUCUACAAAACUUAUGAAAGCUGUUCAGUACAAUUCCUAUGGUGGAGGUGCAUCUGGAUUGAAGCAUGUUGAAGUUCCUGUUCCAACUCCAAAGACCAAUGGAGUUUUAAUCAAGUUGGAAGCAAUUAGCAUUAAUCCAUUUGAUUGCAAGAUUCAGAAGGGUGUUCUUCGCGUUAUGCGUUUUCCUCGAAAAUUUCCCCACAUACCUUGCACUGAUGUAGCAGGAGAGGUAGUAGAUGUUGGACCACAAGUCAAGGAUUUUAAAGCUGGUGAUAAAGUUAUUGCUGUGCUCACACAUCAAUAUGGAGGUGGACUAGCUGAGUUUGCAGUGGCUAGCGAAAACUUAACAGCUGCCAGACCAUUUGAAGUAUCAGCUGCUGAAGCUGCGGGUUUACCUAUAGCCGGUCUCACAGCUCAUGGUGCCUUAUCUAAAAUCGGAGGAAUUAAGCUUGAUGGGACUGGCAAGCAGAAGAAUAUUUUGGUAACUGCUGCUUCAGGUGGUGUAGGUAUGUAUGCUGUUCAACUUGCCAAACUAGGGAACAACCAUGUCACUGCUACCUGUGGUGCUCGCAACAUCGACUUGGUUAAGAGCUUAGGCGCUGACGAGGUUCUUGACUACAAAACUCCGGAGGGAACAUCACUGAAGAGUCCAUCUGGUAAAAAAUAUGAUGCAGUAAUACAUUGCACCAUUGGAAUACCGUGGUCAACUUUUGAUCCUAAUUUGUGUGAAAAAGGGGUUGUCGUGGAUUUAACACCUGGCCCAAGUUCAAUGUUGUUUUCUGCGCUGCAGAAACUUACUUUUUCAAAGAAGCGGUUGGUGCCAUUUUUUUCAACAAUCAAGCGCGAGGGCUUGGAACAUCUCGUUCAAUUGGUGAAGGAUGGAAAACUCAAGACAAUUAUUGAUUCUAAGUUUCCUUUGAGCAAAGCUGAAGAUGCUUGGGCUAAGAGCAUUGAUGGCCAUGCUACUGGGAAAAUCAUUGUUGAGCCAUAGGCACAGUUUGCUUGGUGAUGUUGUAUUUAUAGUUUCUAGUUUUGUAUACGAUUGUUUGUGUUUUAUAUAGAAAUGAAUAACCUUGGAUACUUUAUAUGUUGUAAGUAUUUUAGAUUCAUAUAUAUGUGUUGAUUCUUUCUUUCUGG